GCGCGCCUGCAUGCAGCGCGGCGCACCCGUGCCUCCCGGAAUCGAAAAACGCGCGAUGCGAUGCCAUCUCCAGCCAUCGGCCCGGCCCAUAAGCCCAGCAGACGUUUAGAUACCCCCCUUCUCUGCGCCCAACCCCCUGGAUUUCCCCCGAAAAAAACCCUGCAAGCGCCCCGCAACCUCCCCGGGACCCGCCUGCCACCAUGGAAAACCAGCUGAACAAGCCGCACCGCGGCAGCGACGGCAAGCGCACCACGGCCAAAAAAAAGUUGCACCAGCAAGGCCACAAUGCCAAAGCGUUCGCCGUGUCGGCGCCCCGCAAACUUGAGCGCAUGGCCCGGCGGUCACAUGACGUGAACGAGAAGAAGCUCCACGUGCCGAUGGUCAACCGCACGCCCGACGACGACCCGCCGCCCGUGAUCGUGGCCAUCGUGGGCCCGCCCGGAACAGGCAAAACCACGCUCAUCAAGUCGUUGGUCAAGCGCUUGACCAAAACCUCGCUCUCCGAGGUCAAGGGCCCCAUCACCGUGGUCAGCGGCAAGCGGCGGCGGCUCACGUUCAUCGAGGUCAAGAACGACUUGAACUCCAUGAUCGACGCGGCCAAGAUCGCGGACCUCGUGCUCUUGCUUGUGGACGGCAACUUCGGGCUCGAGAUGGAGACCAUGGAGUUCUUGAACGUGGCGCAGCACCACGGCAUGCCGCGCGUGUUGGGCGUGGCCACGCACUUGGACCUCUUCCGCAGCCAGAGCACGUUGCGCACGCUGAAAAAGCGCUUGAAGCACCGCUUCUGGACCGAGGUGUACCAGGGCGCCAAGCUCUUCUACCUCUCGGGCGUGCUCAACGGGCGCUACCCGGACCGCGAGAUCUUGAACUUGUGUCGCUUCAUGUCGGUGAUGAAGUUCCGCCCGUUGAAGUGGCGCAACGAGCACCCCUACCUCUUGGCGGACCGCGUGACCGACUUGACCCACCCCCAGGACAUUGCGGCCAACGCCAAGUGCGACCGCCGCGUGGCCUUCUACGGCUACUUGCACGGCACGCCGCUUGCCGCCGCAGACGCCCACGUGCACAUUGCCGGCGUGGGCGACUACCACGUGCACUCGGUCGAGAAGUUGCCGGACCCGUGCCCCACCCCGUAUUUCGAGCAGAAAAUGGACGAGCUCGAGCGCGAGGCCGCCAAGGCCGCGGCGGACGCGGGCGAGGACAUCGUGGCGCCGCGCCGCCGCCGCCGCAAGCGGCUCGACGACAAGCAGAAGACCAUCUAUGCGCCCAUGUCCGACGUGGGCGGCGUGCUAGUGGACCGCGACGCCGUGUACAUCGAUGUCGGCGACAAGCAGUCGUUUGUGCCCGGCGAGGCCCGCGGCGAGGGCGAGCGGCUCGUCACGGACUUGCAGGACGUGCAGAAGACCAUGCACGAGCGCUUUGCCGAGGGCCCGGGCUUGCAGUUGUUUUCGGGGUCCUCGCAGAUUGCGCGGGGGCCUGCGGACUCGGACCCCGCGGCGCUCCGUGGCUUGCUUGACGAGUCUGCCGAGUCUGCCGAGCAUGGCGACACGGGCCGCCGCGCGCCGAGACGCCCGCGUCUCUACGGCACGGCGUUGGCGGACGACACGGAGUUUGACGCCAUGCCGGACGACGCCGGCGAGUCGGAAGGCGAAGGCGAAGGCGAAGAUCAAGACGAAGAUCAAGACAAAGAUCAAGACAAAGACGACGCCGAGGAAGCCGACACAGUGUACGCCGGCGAGCUCCGCCGCCGCAGGUCCGCCGGCUCGGAACUCGCCGACGCGGCCCGUGACCACUUGGAGUACGUGGAGGACUCGGCCUUGUCGUCCGACGACGACAACAACUACGCGGCCAUGGCGUCCAAGCUCCGCGGGUCCGUGCAGCGCCGCUGGAACAUCAACAAGUUGAUGUACUUGGACAACGUGGCGCCGGCCGAGGUGGUGCGGCGCUGGAAGAGCCAGUUCGUGGAGGCCGACGACGACAUCGGCGCCGACGACGACAUCGAGGCCGACGAUGACGCGGACUUCUUCAAGAAAGCGUCGGCGCCCGGGCCCACGGCCGACUUGGACGCGUUCGUGCCCUCGUACCCAUCGGUGGAGGAGCUCCGAGCCAGGUUCGACGCGUCGCGCAUGGAUGACGCCGCGGACAGCGACGCCGAGUACGAAAACGGCUAUGUGGCGUUGAAGGAGCGGUUGCUUGUGGCACCCAAGCUCCUGGACGCCGGCGAGGCCGACGGCGCGGACGAUGACGAGGCGCACGGCGACUUCGAGGACUUGGAGGCCGAUGGCGACGGUCCCGAUUCGGACUCGGGCCAGUCGGACGGCGGCGAUUCCGGCGACGAUUUUGGCGACGAUUCAGGAGACGAGUCCGGAGACGAGUCCGGCGACGACUUCGCCGACUUCGGCGCCGAGGACCCCGCCGACGCGUCCUUGUCCGUGGACCAGAAGCGCGAGCUCAACGCGGCCAAGAAGGCCAAGCUCAAAAUGCAGUUCGAGGACGAAGAGGACCGCGAGUUCGGCGCCGACGACCCCGAGGGCGACACCGAGGCCGACACGUGGUACGAGUUCCAGAAAAACAAGAUGGCCAAGCAGUUGGAGAUCAACAAGGCGCAGUACGACGAGAUGGACCCCGCCACGCGGGCCAAGAUCGAGGGCUUCCGCGCCGGGCUGUACGUCAAGCUCGUGUUCGACAAGUUGCCCUGCGAGCUCAUCGACAACUUGCAGCCCGAGUUCCCCAUCGUGUUGGGCGGGCUCUUGGCCACGGAGUCGCGCUUCGGCAUCAUGAACGUGCGCAUCCGCAGGCACCGGUGGCACAAGAAGAUCCUCAAGUCGCAGGACCCGUUGAUCCUCUCGCUCGGCUGGCGCCGGUUCCAGACCAUCCCCAUCUACACCACGUCGGACUCGCGCACGCGUAACCGGAUGUUGAAGUACACGCCCGAACACGCGUACUGCUUCGCGUCGUUUUACGGCCCGCUCGUGGCGCCCAACACCACGUUCGUGGGCUUCAACAUCAUCGACCAGGCGCAGACCACGGGCUCGUUCCGCGUGGCCGCCACGGGCAUUGUCGAGGACUUGAACCUGUCGGUGGAGAUUGUCAAGAAGUUGAAGUUGGUGGGCCACCCGCACAAGAUCUUCCGCAACACCGCGUUCAUCAAGGGCAUGUUCAACAACGCGUUGGAGGUGGCCAAGUUCGAGGGCGCGUCCAUCCGCACGGUGUCGGGCAUCCGGGGCGAGAUCAAGCGCGCGUUGUCCAAGCCGGACGGCUACUUCCGCGCCACCUUCGAGGACAAGAUCCUCAUGUCCGACACCGUGUUCUUGAAGACCUGGUACCCGGUCAAGGUCAAGGAGUUCUACAACCCGGUCACGUCCAUGCUUCUCCGCGACCACCAGCAGUGGCAGGGCAUGCGGUUGACAGGCCAGGUGCGCGCGGCCAACAGCAUCGAGACGCCGCUUCUCCACGACAGCGCGUACCAAAAGAUCGAGCGGGCCGAGCGUAAGUUCAACCCGUUGCGUGUGCCCAAGCUGAUCCAAAAAGACUUGCCGUUCAAGUCCCAGGUGUCCACGAUGAAGCCGCAGAACAAGCAGUCGUACAUAGCCAAGCGCGCGGUGCUUGUGGACGGCGACGAGAAGAAAAUGCGCGACUUGGUCAACAAGGUCAACACGCUCAAGAAGACCAAGGACAAGAAGCGCAAGGACAAGAAGCAGGAGAAGUUCCAGGACCGUUUGAAGGCGCUCGCCAAGAAGGAGGAGGCCAAGAAGGACAAGGAGAAGGAGCGCAAAAAGAGUAUUUCGCCAAGGAGGGCAAGAAGAGACGCUUGGACCAGAGCGACGGCGGCAGCAACGCGUUUGGUAAGAAGCGCAGGUGAGGUCUGACGAGCUGAGGUUUUGCACCCGCGCGGGUGCUGCAGACCGUGCAGGCCGCGCCGUGCGUGCAGGCAAGGCGACG